CCCCUGUCAUUUUUGCAAUUUUCUCGCCUUCUCCCGUCUCCUCCAUCUCUGUGUCCGCCUGCGCAUCCACCGCCACCGCCACCGCCGCCCACCGGAGCAGGUCGCCGCCGGCGAGCGCGCCCGGAGCUUUCGUCGCUCUGUCCCGCCGCAGCCUGACGCCGGCACGCACCGUGAUCUCCUUCCCCCUCCGCCGCGGGAUCCGUGUUUUGUCGGUCGGUUGUACUCACUGAGCAUGCUUCCUGCUGGCUCAUACUGGACCAAAUGCGAUAGCACUUGCAAGCUAAUAGGUUCGAUUGGUGGACUGCUGAACUGAAAUUUAUUGCUUGGUGCUAGUGCAAUGGCGUACGAGAUUAGCGAGAUCAAAAAAAUUGGCAUAGGCCUGGUGGGCUUUGGCAUCCUAUUCUCAUUCCUGGGCAUUAUACUUUUCUUUGAUAGGGGCUUGUUGGCAUUGGGUAAUAUUUUCUUCUUGACUGGAGUUGGCCUGUUGCUUGGUUGGAAAUCUAUGUGGCAGCUUUUCACAAAGAAGGCAAACAUUAAGGGUUCUGUACCUUUCUUCCUUGGUCUGUUUCUUCUCUUUGUCCGAUGGCCUGUUGCUGGCAUAAUAAUGGAGCUAUAUGGAUCUUUUGUUCUUUUCAGUGGUUAUGGACCUCCUAUCCAGGCCUUCCUAUAUCAAAUUCCAUUUAUUGGAUGGAUUCUGCAAUACCCAUUCCAGCUGUUUGGUCAGUUGAGGCGUAAACGUGCUUGACAACUCAUGGUAGAAAUUACCCUUCAUAGGGAGCAUAUUGUGUGAUGUUAAUACGGAAAACUGCUGUAGACCACCUGUCAUGAUGCUUUAAUUCUUGUGUGCAUAUUCAUACUGUGCCCUUCUAAUCUCGAGUUUAUGUGGCUUUUGCUCAUUUUGCUAGCAGGCAGUAGUUUAGUGUUCAUAUAUAGACUAUAUAGAGCUUUAAAUGGCUGUUGCUGGAAAUUCUGAAGAUGGAUUUAGCGAAACAAGUGGAUCUUUUAUCCUAAUUCUAUAAAUUAGUGCCAGUAACUAUUACCUGAAA